CACCUACCCAUAUAUUAUACUUAUCUCCUUAAAACACACUACAAAUAAUAAAAAGGAAGUAAAUAAAAAAAAAAUUAAUAACAUACAUGCACACUUGAUGUUUUCUUAUUUCCCUCUUGUCUCUCUAUAUAUACACGCAUACAUUCACACACGUUCACACAUAUACAUUCACAUUUCACAUUACUAAUCUCUCAAGAUUUCACAAUUUUCUUGUGAUUUUCUCUCAGUUUCUUCUUUCGUUGCAUAACAUGGAUGCCAUGAGUAGCGUAGACGAGAGCUCCACAACUACAGAUUCGGUUCCGGCGAGAAAGUCAUCGUCUCCGGCGAGUUUACUAUACAGAAUGGGAAGCGGAACAAGUGUGGUUCUUGAUUCAGAGAACGGUGUCGAGGCAGAAUCAAGAAAGCUUCCUUCUUCAAGAUUCAAAGGUGUUGUUCCUCAACCAAAUGGAAGAUGGGGAGCUCAGAUUUACGAGAAACACCAACGCGUAUGGCUUGGAACUUUCAACGAAGAAGACGAAGCAGCUCGUGCUUACGACGUCGCGGCUCACCGUUUCCGUGGCCGUGACGCCGUUACAAAUUUUAAAGAAACGACGUUAGUUAACGGUAACGACGAUGACGAGGUUGAUUUCUUAAACGCACAUUCGAAAUCAGAGAUCGUAGAUAUGUUGAGAAAACACACUUACAAAGAAGAGUUAGAGCAAAGGAAACGUAACCGUAACGGUAACGGAAACAAGACGACGGAGUUUGGUUCCGUUACCGUGGCGGUUAUAACGGGGUUUAAAACGUCGGAGUUACUGUUUGAGAAAACGGUAACGCCAAGUGACGUCGGGAAACUAAACCGUUUAGUUAUACCAAAACACCAAGCGGAGAAACAUUUUCCGUUACCGUUAGGUAAUAAUAACGUCUCCGUUAAAGGUAUACUGUUGAAUUUCGAAGACGUUAACGGAAAAGUGUGGAGGUUCCGUUACUCUUACUGGAAUAGUAGUCAAAGUUAUGUGUUGACUAAAGGUUGGAGUAGAUUUGUUAAAGAGAAGAGACUUUGUGCCGGUGAUUUGAUCAGUUUUAAAAGAUCCAACGGUCAGGAUCAAAAGUUGUUUAUUGGUUGGAAAUCGAAAUUCGGAUCCGGGUCGGAUCAAGAAACAGGUCGGGUUGUGAGAUUGUUUGGGGUUGACAUUUCUUUAAACGACGUCGUUGUACUGAAGGAAGCAACGGAGGUGUUUUCGUCGUUAAGGUGUAAUAAGAAGAAGCAACGAGUUUUGUAAUAACAAUUUUAACAACUCUUUUUUUUUUUUUUUUAAUUUCUUGGUAAAAAAAAAAAACUUUUUUAUUUUUAUUUUAACUUUUUACUUCUUGCUGAGAUUAUUAAUGUUGUAAGUUGUAACAAGUGGGAAAAAAUUAAUUAGGUGUUAAGCAAAUUUGUGUGUUAAUAUGCAAUGUACAAUCAUGAAUCAUUUAUAUGUAGAUGAGCUAGUUAAUUA